AUGGAGCAUUUACCUGCAGUAAUAACCAAACUGGCACCUGAUUCAGAAAUAGCAAAGAAAAUUAAAUGUAGUCGGACUAAAUGCUCUUGUGUUAUUAAGAAUGUUAUUAGCAAGAGGCAUGAGGAGGAAAUCUGUGAAAUUUUAACUAAGAUUAAAUUUUCAUUAAUUAUUGAAGAAUCCACAGACCGUUCAUGCACAAAACAUUUGUGUCUUGUUUUUAGAUACCGUCAUAAUAAUACAAUCCAAGACAGUUUCCUUGCAUUACUGCCAAUCAAAGAAGCCAGAGCUGAAGAUCUGUAUAAAGAAAUUACCAACUUUUUUAGCCUGAAGAAAAUACUGUAUCAACGAAAUCUAAUUGGAUUCGCAUCUGAUGGGGCAAACGUUAUGGUUGGAAAACACAAUUCAGUAGUAACUAGGUUAAAGUUGCCUCUGAAGCUGAUCGAACUUUAA